AUGGGUAACACAAUACUGACAGGACGCUCGAAUGCGAUUGCUCCGAUAAUUAGUGCAGAAGACGCCAGAACUCAUAUAACCGAAGAAGAGUAUCGACGGAUUCGGCAGGCAUUCCAGAGAUUUAAGAAUGGCUGUAUCAACUACGAUGAAUUUUGCUACCAUGUCCUCGGAGGAGCACAAAUUCCAGAAGACAAACGACGUCUUCUGUUCAGCUUCUUCUCUCAUGGUGCCGAGACGAUUUCUUUCGAUAAUCUCCUAUCCUCGCUCGUCGGAUUAUGUAGAGUAGAAGAAGUGCAAUCGAGUAAGGGGUUCCUGAAUUUUUCAACGAAUUCUUUUUUUUCAGGAUUCAUUGAAGAAUAUCAUGAAUUCGCUUCGUGGGGAUUGAGUCCGCCUAAGCUCACGAUUCCACUCAACGACUCCUACAUCUCGUUUUAUGAAGUAAUGUCUUAUGUGACUCAUUUAUCUGUAAAAGAAGUGAUAGAGUUGGAGAAGGUUUUCGCCACGAUCAGUGACCGCGCCGUCUGCAAAUUGAACGUAGAAAAGUGGAAACAAGCACUCGGAGGAUGCUUCCCGGACACUUAUGCCGAAAGACUAUUCGCCGUUUUUGAUGAGAAUCGGGAUUGUCAAAUUGACUUCAGGGAACUUGUCUGCACACUUUCUGCACUAUGUAGAGGUCCCCAUCCUGGAAGGAUAUCCCAGCUCGCAAGAAUCUGGGAUGUAGAUUGCGACAAGCUGCUUUCCGAUGAAGAGCUUUCUAACAUGUAUGCCGAUUUGGGAGUUCCUGUGGAGCAUCAAACUGUAACGAAAUCAGCGAAUGGGAAAGCGGCACUGGUAGAUUUUGGAAUAUGGGCACAAGAGAACGAAAGAUACAUCGCUAAAUACUACUCGAUGGCUCUUCAAAUUGGACACAUCUGUCUCGGUUUGAGGCCUGAAUCCAAGAAGAUGGAACUUCAAGUUGUCAAUGAAUUCGAAUCUCGUGCAUCGGAACUGCCGCUCUCUGAAUGGAAUAUUGUUGCAUCUGGAUGGCAUUCUGAAUAUCGAACAUUACUAGAAGCUGAGAGAACUCCAAAUCCUAUUGACAAUUCAGGAAUCAAAGGAACAAGAGAAGACAGUUGGACCAGUAGAGUUGCUUGUAUCUCUGCCGAAUCUGCUCGACUCAAACCUGACCUACUCCCUAUGGACUAUAUCCGUGUGCCUGUUCCUCUAUGGAGAGCUUGGCUGCGAUGGCACGGGUGUGCGUUAACAGUGGAUUCGCAAUUCACUCGGAAGUAUCUGGAUGGCGAAUUCUUUGAAGACAACAAACCCUCUCUUGAGCUCUAUCCGUUAGAGAUUCUCUUUCUUGGUCAUGAUCGCAAGAAAAGUCACGAUGGAACGGAAACAACUCCUCGAUCAUUGACACCAUGGGCGUGUGCACAAGUAUCUCGAAGCAUGACAGUGACAGAACUACGAUUGGGAGAUGGUGAUGCACGUUUAUGGCAAGUGGUCAAAGAGAAUGAGGAAGGAAAUGUUCUUCUGGAUGAUGGAAAUCAAAACUUACACCAGCUGUAUACGGCACUCGGAAAGACGAAGAAAGUGAAUAAAAUGAAGUUGCUUCUAGAAGUCCGAGAAAGAGGAACAGGAGUUUGGCCAGAGGAAUUGAGAGCUUCUCUUUCCGGGAAACAAAUCACUGCGGCUUCCACACUAUCUUCUUCAAAUGCACAGUUGUCAGGUCGUCCAGGAGCUGUUGGUCUCGUGAAUUACGGUAACUUCUGCUAUCGAAACGCUGGAAUCCAGUGCCUCGCGAGAGUGUCUCCAUUGACACAAUACUUGCUGGAAGAUGAGCAUUUGGAUGAGUUGAAGAAGGCAAAUACGAAAAGAAGGGAUGCUGUGGAGACAACGAUUGAGUAUGCGAAGCUGUUGAGAGAGAUGUGGGCGGCGAAGAAGAAGAACAUCGCUCCGAACGAUUUCAAUGACGCCAUCCGAAUGAACUCGGACAUGUUCGAGUGUAGUGAGCAGCAUGACUGUCAGGAGUUCGUCGCAUUCCUUCUCGAUCAGCUUCAUACUUCAAUGUAUGAAGCCAAUAAAACUCUCCAUCCUCCACCACCUGCAAAAGACCCCAAGAAAGAAGAGGAAAAUCAUGAAAUAGAAGAAACUGACGAAGAAAAAGCAGAAAGAUCAUGGACAGAGUAUGAAAAACAGAACGAAUCUCUUGUCACACAACUCUUCACCGGACAGCUACGCUCUCGUCUAGUCUGCAGAACAUGUCAAUCCAGUUCGAGCGUCUUUGAGCCAUUUACCUCACUUUCGCUGCCAAUUGGGUUUGAAGAUGUCGACUUGUAUCAAGUUAUUGGUAAGAUUUCAUAUAGCAGCUUAUAUCAAUUCAUUGUUUCUCCAGUCGUCCAUCGAGAUGGUAGGAUUCCUCGUCGAUAUGGUUUCAGACUGUCUCGUGACUCCAAAAUCGGACAUCUUCGAGAAGUGGUAGCAGCUUCCAGUGGAAUAUCGAUGUCACAUAUCACGAUUCAAUGCAUGUCAAGUAAAGGAACAUUGAUGAGUCGAUCACCGAACCAUCGAAGUUCGAACUUGAGAGAUGAACUUCCGUUGAGCUCAUUCCCGUCUGGAGCUCGGCUUUAUGCACUUGAGCUACCGGAAAGUACGGGAGAAGAUGAGUGGAGAGUGGCUAUGCAUAGGAAGUUACAGUAUAACCAUGAACCUCACAUUCUCGGAUCCACCGCAGGCUUUAUAGUUUCCCGAUUCGGACUGCCGUUGAUUGUUGGUCUAGAUGAACAUGUAACAGGAAAGAAGCUCUACGAAGACGUCAUGUAUCAAAUGCAUCGAUUUAUGGAGCAUUCGGUGAAUUCCUUCUCGAGCAGAGCUCACGAUCCUUGUGAGGAUGAUGCAUCCGGCUUCCCAUUCACUUUGUGUCUCGUCGAUCAGAAUUAUGAGUGGUGUGGACAGUGCCCUGCACUCAGAUUCUGUAGAGGUUGUCCAAUCCGACCGGAUGAUAACAAAGUCUUCAUUCCUGCAAACAGCCCAAUUGCCGUGGAUUGGUUCCCGAUUGCUCUUUAUCUUCGAUACAACCAUUCUGAAGAGCAAGCGUGUGAAGAUGAUCCAUCGGUUGCUGAAACAUGGUCGAGGCACUUUGCACCUAGCUCUCUUGAGCACUGCAUUGAAAAGUUCUCUUGUCCGGAGACACUCGACGCCGCGAUUCAAUGUGAUCGAUGUGAGAAGAAGACAACUAGAGACAAGGUUAUGACAAUAUGGAAGCUUCCUAAAUAUCUGAUCAUCCAUUUGAAACGAUUCGAGUUUCUCCGCGAGCAAGGUAGGAUGGGCAAGUGUAAGAGAACAGUCAACUUCCCACUAAAACAUUUCGAUCCAGCUCCAUUUGUUGAUAAACCGGAUGGCAAUACUUAUGAAUGUAUUGCACUUGCUAAUCACUAUGGUCAAUUGUCAUGUGGUCACUUCAUCGCAUAUGCGAAAAGUAACGAAGACAAAUGGUUACUUCUGAACGAUUGUUCCGUUAGAGAAGUAUCCGAAGAAGAAGUCGACAAGCAAGGUGCAUAUCUUCUGUUCUACGAAAGAAAAGAUGUCAAAUAA